AUGAUACCUUCAACUUCCGCGAGUGGAGGUGCGCCACGAAUCCCCUCAUGGAAACGAUUAGGCUUAAAGUUGAAAUCGGCCCCAAGUUCCUCAGAUUCAAAUAUUCAAGCCUCAAUUACCGAACCUCUUAGAGAAAUCGAGAUAGCAAACAGGAAAAGACCAAGAGAAGAUAUCGAGUCCGAGCACGAAACGUCUGCGAAAAAGCCGAAGAAUCUCGACUCUCAUCCUCCUGCUUCUGAACCACAACGAUCGGUCGUUCCCGAUUCAAUUAUUACUACACCCAGAAAAUCUGCGCUAAAAAAAUCAGUAACAUUCACCCCGGAAACAAAAUCUCAAGAUGGCGAUAGUAUAAAACAGUUAUACUUAGGUUGGGUGGCCGAUCAAAAAGCACAAGACGACUUUUUCUACGGUCCUUCUACGAGUCAAGCUUUUGAAACACCCGCACCACCUAUAGUUGAGGAACAGUUUGAUACUACACUUCCAGAAAAGGAACGAAGGGUGAAAAGAGUCAAGAAGACAAAAUUGGAAGCCAAACCCGAAAAUGGUACCACUGAGAAGGAUUCGAAGCCCCAGAAGUCUGUGAAGAAGUCGAAAGUCUCCAAACCAACUGCCGCCCCACGUCCAUUCUUAGCGUAUUUAAGACAGUAUCACGAAUCGAAGGAGACGUGGAAGUUCAACAAAAAUCACCAAAAUCACCUAUUGAAACACGCUUUCAACGUUGAGGUCGUUCCUUCCGAUCACGUCCAUCUUCUCUACGAGUACGUCAGAGGUUUGCAGGGAGGAGUCAGAAAAAGACUUCGAGACGAAGCAUUAGCUAUCAAGGUGAAAGAUCGAGAAUCUGACGCUUCUGGAUUUCCAGCAACCAUGGCAGACAGUAGCAAAAGACAACGAGAGUACGACCUUGCCAUGAAUGAAUAUGUUGCAUCAAUGACUGCCGCUGGAGCAUCGUCGCGAAUGGGGUAUGAAGAAGGUGUAAUUAUAGGAUUGUCGGAUGCAGCAAUGGCUCCCAGAAUGGCCAAGAGAAUGAGAGCCGAACAAAUUCUUGCUGAAUUGGGCUCUUCAUCUUCCGAAGAGACGACGGAUACGCAAGCCACGGAAACAGAAUCUGUAGCAACGGACGGAGAAAAGAGGUUGCGAUUGAAUGAUGGUACCCCGCAGAAGAUCGGAAGGAAAAGAAAGCAACGGACACUUGCCGCUGAUGAUUCGAGCUCUUCUGACUCAGAUUCAAGUAGUGAUUCUGAUGAUAGCAACUCCGAUGAUGAGUCAAUGGUGGACGGUAACAACAAAGACGAUACAUCUUCCAGUUCAUCAAGCAGCUCAUCUAGUUCGGGAAGUGAUGAUGAGGAUUCAUCCAGUGAAGACGGGUCGAGCAGCAGCGAAAGUGAGGACAGUGAGUGA